CGUUUGUGCGCAUGCGCUUAGCGAGGAGUGGGCGGAGCCUCCGCCAUCUUGUCCCGGUGCUUGAGCGGAGGCGCCUUCGGCUCUUAAAAGGGGCACGGCCGCCGGUGGGGCCCAUCGGCGGGCUAUGGAGAGCAGCGCGGCUGAGCGGGUCCCCGCCGAGCUCUCUCGCCGCCAGCGCCGCCGGGAGCUGGACGCUCGUCGCAGCCGCUGCCGCAUCCGCCUGGGGGGGCACCUGGAGCGCUGGUGCCGCCUCAAGGACCAGUUGGGCUUCGCGCUGCACUCCCAGCUGGCCCAGUUCCUGCUCGACAGGUUCAGCUCCUCAGCCGGGCCCCCAGCGGCGCCGUCGCCGGGGUCCCUGCAGCGCCUGGUCGCUCUGUCCCACGGCCACGGGCGCUCCUGCUCCUUCGUCCCGGCCGUUCAGCCCCCCCCGGGGCCCCCGCACUCCCUGGGCUCGCUGGAGUGGGCGUGUGUGGCCGGGCACAGCUUCUCCUGGCGCCUCAGUGACAUCACCAAUGACAUCACCGCCGACGUCACCACCUGCCAGCGCCCCGAGGACACCGGGGGGCGCUUGGCCGCCCGAUCGCCCGCGGGGGACGAACCACGAGACGGCGGCGAUGCCGUUGGCGUCACCGCCGAUGACACCGGUCCCCGGGAGCCGCCGCGGUCGGACGGGGACGGGAGCGCGGAGGGGGCGGAGCCUCGGGGGGAUGAUGAUGUUUGCGAUGACAUCGGUGAUGACACCAAUGAUGACAUCAGCAAUGACGUCAAUGAUGACCUCGCCUACGCCGAUGACCCGCGCGAUGAGAACUACCAGCCGUCCGUUGGCAGUGACUCGCAACCCAAACGCCGACAAAACCAACCAAGAACCCGCAAGAAAGUCGUCAAGGAGGAGCCGCCAGUUGAGCCCAGCCUAAGUGAGCCCAGCCUAAGCAAGCCUGGCCUAAGCAAGCCCAGCCCAGAGGAGAAGCUCGGACGCCUCGGGUGCGGGAGGCGAGAGCAGGCGGGCGACGAGGACGCGGCGCAGAUCGGCCCCAAGAGAAUCAGGAAAGCGGCGAAACGCGAGAUCCUCCUGUGCGACUUCGCCGGCUGCGGCAAAAUCUUCUCCAACCGCCAAUAUCUGAAUCACCACCAGAAGUACCAGCACGUGCACCAGAAAACCUUCGCCUGCUCCCAACCCGGCUGCGGCAAAUCCUUCAACUUCAAGAAGCACCUCAAGGAGCACGAGAAGCUGCACAGCGACCAACGCGACUACAUCUGCGAGUUCUGCGCCCGCCCGUUCCGCACCAGCAGCAACCUCCUGAUCCACCGGCGCAUCCACACCGGGGAGAAGCCGCUGCAGUGCGACCCGGGCACAGCAAACCCCUCACCCCAAACCCCAGACCCUGCCCCUCAUCCCCUCUGCACCUCCGUCACCUCAAACCCUGGGUUAAUCCGGUUCUGUUCCACCUCAAACCCUGGGUUAAUCCGGUUCUGUUUCACCUCAAACCCUGGCUUAAUCCGGUUCUGUUUCACCUCAAACCCUGGCUUAAUCCGGUUCUGUUCCACCUCAAACCCUGGGGUUAAUCCCGUUCUGUUUCACCUCAAACCCUGGGUUAAUCCGGUUCUGUUUCACCUCAAACCCUGGGUUAAUCCGGUUCUGUUUCACCUCAAACCCUGGGGUUAAUCCGGUUCUGUUUCACCUCAAAUCCUGGGCUUAAUCCGGUUCUGUUUCACCUCAGACCCUGGCUUAAUCCGGUUCUGUUUCACCUCAAACCCUGGCUUAAUCCCGUUCUGUUCCACCUCAAACCCUGGGCUUAAUCCGGUUCUGUUCCACCUCAAACCCUGGGCUUAAUCCGGUUCUGUUCCACCUCAAACCCUGGCUUAAUCCGGUUCUGUUUCACCUCAAACCCUGGCUUAAUCCGGUUCUGUUUCACCUCAAACCCUGGGGUUAAUCCCGUUCUGUUUCACCUCAAACCCUGGGGUUAAUCCCGUUCUGUUUCACCUCAAACCCUGGGUUUAAUCUGGUUCUGUUUCACCUCAGACCCUGGGUUAAUCCGGUUCUGUUUCACCUCAAACCCUGGGGUUAAUCCGGUUCUGUUUCACCUCAAACCCUGGGGUUAAUCCGGUUCUGUUUCACCUCAAACCCUGGCUUAAUCCGGUUCUGUUUCACCUCAAACCCUGGCUUAAUCCGGUUCUGUUUCACCUCAAACCCUGGGCUUAAUCCGGUUCUGUUUCACCUCAAACCCUGGGCUUAAUCCCGUUCUGUUUCACCUCAAACCCUGGGGUUAAUCCCGUUCUGUUUCACCUCAAACCCUGGGUUUAAUCUGGUUCUGUUUCACCUCAGACCCUGGGUUAAUCCGGUUCUGUUUCACCUCAAACCCUGGGGUUAAUCCGGUUCUGUUUCACCUCAAACCCUGGGGUUAAUCCGGUUCUGUUUCACCUCAAACCCUGGCUUAAUCCGGUUCUGUUUCACCUCAAACCCUGGCUUAAUCCGGUUCUGUUUCACCUCAAACCCUGGGCUUAAUCCGGUUCUGUUUCACCUCAAACCCUGGGCUUAAUCCCGUUCUGUUUCACCUCAAACCCUGGGUUAAUCCGGUUCUGUUUCACCUCAAACCCUGGGUUAAUCCGGUUCUGUUUCACCUCAAACCCUGGGUUUAAUCUGGUUCUGUUUCACCUCAGACCCUGGGUUAAUCCGGUUCUGUUUCACCUCAAACCCUGGCUUAAUCCGGUUCUGUUUCACCUCAAACCCUGGGUUUAAUCCCGUUCUGUUUCACCUCAAACCCUGGGGUUAAUCCCGUUCUGUUUCACCUCAAACCCUGGGUUUAAUCUGGUUCUGUUUCACCUCAGACCCUGGGUUUAAUCUGGUUCUGUUUCACCUCAAACCCUGGGUUUAAUCUGGUUCUGUUUCACCUCAAACCCUGGGUUUAAUCUGGUUCUGUUUCACCUCAGACCCUGGGUUAAUCCGGUUCUGUUUCACCUCAAACCCUGGGGUUAAUCCGGUUCUGUUUCACCUCAAACCCUGGGGUUAAUCCGGUUCUGUUUCACCUCAAACCCUGGCUUAAUCCGGUUCUGUUUCACCUCAAACCCUGGCUUAAUCCGGUUCUGUUUCACCUCAAACCCUGGGCUUAAUCCGGUUCUGUUUCACCUCAAACCCUGGGCUUAAUCCCGUUCUGUUUCACCUCAAACCCUGGGUUAAUCCGGUUCUGUUUCACCUCAAACCCUGGGUUAAUCCGGUUCUGUUUCACCUCAGACCCUGGGUUAAUCCGGUUCUGUUUCACCUCAGACCCUGGGUUAAUCCGGUUCUGUUUCACCUCAAACCCUGGCUUAAUCCGGUUCUGUUUCACCUCAAACCCUGGGGUUAAUCUGGUUCUGUUUCUCCUCAAACCCUGGGCUUAAUCUGGUUCUGUUUCACCUCAAACCCUGGCUUAAUCUGGUUCUGUUUCUCCUCAAACCCUGGCUUAAUCCCGUUCUGUUUCACCUCAAACCCUGGGUUAAUCCCGUUCUGUUUCACCUCAAAUCCUGGGUUUAAUCCGGUUCUCUUUCACCUCAAACCCUGGGGUUAAUCCCUUUCUCUUUCACCUCAAAUCUUGACUUUGAUCCCUCUUUUUCAUUUUCUUUACUUCAAAUCCCAGCCCUAAUCCCUUUACUUCACAUUUUUCCCCCCAAACCCCAUCCCUAAUCCCUUUAUUUAACAUUUUCACCUCAAAUCCCAUCCCUAACCCCUUAAUUUUACAUUUUUUACCUCACACUUUCCUCUUAAUCCCUUUAUUUCACAUUUUUUACCUCACACUCUGCUCUUAAUCCCCAUUUCCCCCUCAAUCCCCGUCCCUAAUCUCUUCACAUUUCCCUCCUCAAACCCCAUUUUUUCCCCUUUUUUCCCCAUUUUUCCCCCAUUUUCCCCCCAAACCCCAUCCCCACCCCCUAUUUUCCCAUUUCCCCCCCCCAAACCCCCUCACUAAUCCCUCAUUUUCCCCGUUUUUCCCCAUUUUCGGCAGGUGCGAGGUGUGCGGCUUCACGUGCCGCCAGAAGGCCUCUCUCAACUGGCACAUGCGCAAACAUGGCGCCGCCGCCUCCUACGCCUUCCCCUGCGACAUCUGCGGCAAGAGGUUCGAGAAGCGCGACAACGUCACCGCGCACAAGAGUAAGAGCCACCCCGGGGGGGCGGCCGGACAGACGGACAGCGCCCUCUGACCCCCGCCCGCCAAAAAGCGCCGCGCUCCGCGACAAAACGCGCCGUUUUCCGCACCAAAAUCGGCCUUUUCCGCACCAAAAUCGGCCUUUUCCGCACCAGAAUUGGCGUUUUCAGCACCAAAAUUGGCGUUUUCAGCACAAGAAUUGGCGUUUUCAGCACUAAAAUCAGCGGUUUCCGCAUCCAAAUCGGCGUUUUCAGCCCCAAAAUCGGCAUUUUCCGCACCAAAAUCAGCAGUUUCGGCACCAAAAUCGGCGUUUUUAGCACCAGAAUCAGCCGUUUUCAGCACCAAAAUCAGCAUUUUUAGCACCAGAAUUGGCAUUUUCCACACCAAAAUCAGCGUUUUUAGCACCAGAAUCAGCCGUUUUCAGCACUAAAAUCAGCGGUUUCCGCAUCCAAAUCGGCGUUUUCAGCCCCAAAAUCGGCAUUUUCCGCAACAAAAUCGGCAGUUUCGGCACCAGAAUCGGCGUUUUCAGCACCAAAAUCAGCGGUUUUGGCACCAAAAUCGGUGUUUUUGUCACCAAAAUCGAUGGUUUCGACAUCAAAAUUGGAGUUUUCUGCACCCAAAUUGGCGUUUUCAGCACCAAAAUUGGCGUUUUCAGCCCCAGAAUCAGCCGUUUUCAGCCCCAAAAUCGGCGUUUUCAGCCCCAAAAUCGGCGUUUUCAGCCCCAAAAUCGGCCGUUUUCAGCCCCAAAAUCGGCGUUUUCCACACCAAAAUCAGCGGUUUCGGCACCAAAAUCUCGGCGGUUUCGGCACCAAAAUCGGCGCUUUCGGCACCAAAGUCGCCGUUUUCAGCCUUUUAUUCCAACCUUUACGUAUUAUUUUAUUCAUUAAAUGAUAUUUUAUUCCGUUGAUUAUUAUUAAAACAAUCACUCACCCCACAUUUAAACCCCAAAAUCCCCCCCAAAAGGCCCCAAAAUCCCCCCAAAAAGGCCCCAAAACCCCCCAAAAGGCCCGAAAAUCCCCCUAAAUGGCCCAAAAUCCCCCAGAAAGGCCCAGAAAAACCCCACAAAAAGACCAAAACCUCCCCUAAAAGGCCCCAGAAACCCCUAAAACGGCCCCAAAAUCCCCCCAAAAGGCCCAAAUAACCCCCCAAAAAGGCCCAAAAUCCCCCCAAAAAACCUCUAAAAAGGUCCCAAAACCCCCCAAAAUGGCCCCAGAAACCCCUAAAAUGGCCCCAAAAUCCCCCCAAAAAGGCCCCAAAACUCCCCAAAAUGCCCCGAUAUCCCCUAAAAAUGCCCAAAAAUCCCCCAAAAAAGGCCCAGAAACCCCCCAAAAUGGCCCAGAACUCCGCCAAAAAGGGCCCCAAAACCCUCCAAAAGGCCCCAAAAUCCCCCCAAAAAGGCCCCAAAAUCCCCCCAAAUGCCCAAAAUCCCCCAAAACGGCCCAAAAAUCCCCCAAAAAGGCCCCAAAUUCCCCCUAAAAAGGCCAAAAAUUCCCCCCAAAAAGGCCCCAAAAUCCCCCCAAAUGCCCAAAAUCCCCCAAAAAGGCCUAAAAACCCCCCAAAAAGGCCCCAAAACCCCCCAAAAAAGCCCCCAAACCCCCCAAAAUCUCCCAAAAAAGGCCCCAAAAUCCCCAAAAAGGCCCGAAAAUUCCCCCAAAACGGCCCCGGAAACCAACCAAAAAGGCCAAAAACCCCCCAAAAAUGCCCCAGAAAACCCCCAAAAAUGCCCAAACACCCCAAAAAAGACCAAAAAAACACCCAAAAUCCCCCAAAAAGGCCCCCAAAAGGCCCCAAUAUCCACCAAAAACCCCCUAAAAUUCCCCAAAACCCCCCAAAUACCCCCAGACUCCCCCCAAAUUGCCCAAAAAACUCCCAAAAAAGGCCCAAAAAUCUCCCCAAAAAGCCCAACCCCCCAAAAAAAAGGCCCCAAAACGCCCCCAAAAUCCCCAGAAAAACACCAAAUCGCAGGAUUUUCGGGUUUUUUUACUUAUUAUUUUUCGCACAGCAACUUUAAUUUCGCACUAAAGAGCGACAGGGACGGAACAGCCUCGCGGGGUCAAAUCGCGGGAUCGCCCCCAAAAUCAAGGCUUUGCCCCCAAAUUUCCCCAAAAUCCCCAAAACUCGCGACGUUCCGGCCUGGCCGGGAUCACCCCCUCCCCAAAAAACCCCAAAUUCCCCCUUUUUCACCCCAAAAAGCGGCUUUUUCGUCCCUUUUACCUCACGCGGGUUUGGGGAUUCUGAGGCGGCAAAAAAUGGCGGGUGGGUGGGUAAAAUAACCCCAAAAAGUGGCUUUUUUGCCCCGUUUUCCACACAAAUCCCAACAAAAUGAACCCAAAAUAUGUGGAGUUGCGUCCCCAAAAAAAGACUCGAAAUUUGUGACAGAAAAAUUAACACAAAAAGACUCAAAAUGUGUAAAUUUGACAGAAAAUUGAGGCCUCUUGAGGCGGCAAAACAUGGCGGGUGGGUGGGUAAAAUAACCCCAAAAAGCGGCUUUUUCGCCCCAUUUUCCACACAAAUCCCAACAAAAUGAACCCAAAAUAUGUGAAGUCACGUCCCAAAAAAAAGACUCGAAAUUUGUGACUGAAAAAUUAAAGCAAAAAGACUCAAAAUGUGUAAAUUUGACAGAAAAAUGAGGCCUCUUGAGGCGCCAAAACAUGGCGGGUGGGGUGGGUAAAAUAAACCCAAAAAGCAGCUUUUUCGCCCCGUUUUCCACACAAAUCCCAACAAAAUGAACCAAAAAUAUGUGAAGUCACGUCCCAAAAAAAAAGACUCGAAAUUUGUGACUGAAAAAUUAAAGCAAAAAGACUCAAAAUGUGUAAAUUUGACAGAAAAAUGAGGCCUCUUGAGGCGCCAAAAAAUGGUGGGUGGGGUGGGUAUGAAGUACCCCAAAAAGCAGCUUUUUCGCCCCGUUUUAACCCCAAAAAGAUGAACCCAAACCACGUGGAAUUGUGGGAAUACCCCCCUAAAAAUCCUUAAAAUUUGUGACAGAAAAAUUAAAGCAAAAAGGCUCAAAAUGUGUAAAUUUGACAGAAAAAUGAGGCCUCUUGAGGCGCCAAAACAUGGCGGGUGGGUGGGUAAAAUAACCCCAAAAAGCGGCUUUUUCGCCCCAUUUUCCACACAAACCCCAACAAAAUGAACCCAAAAUAUGUGAAGUCACGUCCCAAAAAAAAGACUCGAAAUUUGUGACUGAAAAAUUAAAGCAAAAAGACUCAAAAUGUGUAAAUUUGACAGAAAAUUGAGGCCUCUUGAGGCGGCAAAACAUGGCGGGUGGGUGGGUAAAAUAACCCCAAAAAGCGGCUUUUUCGCCCCAUUUUCCACACAAAUCCCAACAAAAUGAACCCAAAAUACGUGAAGUCACAUCCCAAAAAAAGACUUGAAAUUUGUGACUGAAAAAUUAAAGCAAAAAGACUCAAAAUGUGUAAAUUUGAUGGAAAAAUGAGGCCUCUUGAGGCGCCAAAAAAUGGCGGGUGGGGUGGGUAAAAUAACCCUGAAAAGCAGCUUUUUCGCCCCGUUUUCCACACAAAUCCCAACAAAAUGAACCAAAAAUAUGUGGAGUUGCGUCCCCAAAAAAAGACUCGAAAUUUGUGACUGAAAAAUUAAAGCGAAAAGACUCAAAAUGUGUAAAUUUGACAGAAAAUUGAGGCCUCUUGAGGCGUCAAAAAAUGGCGGGUGAGGUGGGUAUGAAGUACCCCAAAAAGCGGCUUUUUCGCCCCAUUUUAACCCCAAAAAGAUGAACCCAAACCACGUGGAAUUGUGGGAAUAACCCCCCAAAAAUACUUGAAAUUUGUGACAGAAAAAUUUAAGCAAAAAGGCUCAAAAUGUGUAAAUUUGACAGAAAAAUGAGGCCUCUCGAGGCGGCAAAACAUGGCGGGUGGGU